AUGUCGUACUUCCGAAUCACCCUCAUUAGAUCCUCCAUCGGACUCCCGAGUAAAUCAGCCAAUGUCCUGAAAGCGCUAGGCCUGCGCAAGCGCAUGGCCACUGUCUUUCACCCUGUCACUCCCUCCGUUGCAGGUCAGAUUAUGAGAGUGAAAGAGCUGGUUGCAGUGAGAGAAGUCGACAAGGCCUUGACAAGGCAAGAAGUCCACCAGGAAAGAGUACCCGAUGCUGGAUUUUACGUCGAGUCCAGAGCCAGAGAUCAGAAGGAGACUUUCUGA